CGGCAGCAGCGCGGCCCGGGACUCGGCCGCUGUGGACGUUCCCUCGCACCCCUUCCUCGGCCGCCCGCGUGUCCCGCGUGUCCCCGCGCCCCAGCCUCGCCGCGAACCGCAAUGGCCUUUUCUACUCGGAUUCAGGUGUCAGGAUGGGAGAGACACGGCCCUCGACUGGGGUGGUGGCUCACCAUAAGAAACCUAUGAGAAAGUUGGAAUACCGGGGAUCGGGCCACUCCCAUCGUCAGCCGCCGCCGCCACCGCAGGGUUUAACUGUGUGGCUUCCUCAGGAGGACGAAGACGAGGAUCGUGAGGUGGUGCUGGAGCUGCAAGAGUAUGACCAUCACGAACAGUUGAGGUGGGAUGAGAGGGGCGUGCCGGGACCUCCGCGGCCCCCGAGACCCCGAGGUGUAGGUGGUGUGCUGCAGCUGAGGGUACGCAACCGGUACGGACGGCCGAAUGUCAGCCUGUCGGACCGGAUCGAGCUGCAAGGCGAGGACGAGGCUACUCUACGGGAGCUGCUUGUGAGUCUGCAGAAACAGGUGACCGUGAUGAGCUCUAAUUUAAGUGCCAAGCUGGACGAGCUACAGCGAGGCGAUCGGCACCUUGAAACCACUGUAGCACUCCAUGAAAUCCGCUCGCAGCUCCAAGAACUCACUCGAUCCGUAGAGAGCUGUCAAAGUGAAGUUUGUGAGGUAAAGCGUGAUAUGGUAGCCAUCCGCUCUGAGCUCGACACAGUCCAGCAAGUAAAAGAGGAAAUCGAAGAGUUAAGAGAAUAUGUCGAUCGUUUGGAAGAACACACUCACCGACGCAAACUCCGUCUUCUUCAGCAGAAUUCUCCUUUGAGAGAUGACGCUGAGACUCAGCCCGCCGCUGAGCUCAGCGGGGCAGGCUUGAAGCCAACCGCGCAAAGGCGGCAAGGACUCACAUUCUUCCUAUGCAUCGCCAUCGGGGCCGCCGUGCUGGGCAUGCUCCAGUUCGGCUACAACACUGGCGUCAUCAAUGCCCCUCAACAGAACAUCGAGAACUUCAUGAAGGAUGUGUACAAGAGCCGGUACGCUGAAGACCUGACGGAGGAGACGGUCAAGCUGUUGUACUCAGUGGCUGUCGCCAUCUUUGCUAUCGGUGGCAUGUUCGGUGGUUUCAGUGGUGGUCUGAUCGCCAACAGAUUCGGAAGGAAAGGCGGGCUGCUGCUGAACAAUGUGAUGGGUGUCGGGGGCGCGUGCCUGAUGGGCUUCGCCAAGCUGGCCCACUCGUACGAGCUGCUGUUCCUGGGCCGCUUUCUCAUCGGCGUCAACUGCGGCCUCAACACCUCCCUCGUGCCCAUGUACAUCACGGAGAUCGCGCCGCUCAACCUGCGCGGCGGCCUGGGCACGCUGAACCAGUUGGCCGUGACGGUGGGGCUGCUGCUGUCGCAGGUGCUGGGCAUCGAGCAGAUCCUGGGCACGGACGACGGCUGGCCCCUGCUGCUGGGGCUCGCCGUGUUCCCCGCCAUCCUGCAGCUCGUGCUGCUGCCCAUGUGCCCCGAGUCGCCGCGGUACCUGCUCAUGACCAAGCACUGGGAGGAGGAGGCCCGCAAGGCUUUGCAGCGGCUGCGGGCGUCCUCGCAGGUCGAGGAGGACAUCGAGGAGAUGCGGGCGGAGGAACGCGCGCACUCGGCUGAGGCUUUCAUCUCCAUGACGGAACUCAUCUGCUCGCCCACGCUCAGGCACCCGCUCAUCAUCGGCAUCACCAUGCAGCUGUCGCAGCAGUUAUCCGGGAUCAACGCGGUGUUUUACUAUUCGACUGAACUAUUCAUGAGCUCCGGGCUGACCGCGGAGACCGCCAAGUUCGCGACCAUCGGCAUCGGCGUCAUCAUGCUCUUCAUGACGGUGGUGUCCAUCCCCAUGAUGGACCGCACGGGGCGGCGGACGCUGCACCUGUACGGCCUGGGCGGCAUGUUCAUCUUCUCCAUCUUCAUCACCAUCAGCUUCCUCAUCAAAGAGUUCUUUGGCUACGUGCAGGAGAUGAUCGACUGGAUGUCGUACCUGUCCGUCGUGUCGACGCUCGGCUUCGUCGUGUUCUUCGCCGUGGGGCCCGGCUCCAUCCCCUGGAUGAUCACCGCGGAGCUCUUCUCGCAGGGGCCGCGCCCCGCCGCCAUGUCCAUCGCCGUGCUCGUCAACUGGCUCACCAACUUCCUCGUCGGCAUCGGCUUCCCGACCAUGAAGACGCAUCUGGAAAAUUACACGUUCCUUCCAUUCAGCGUGUUCUUGGGCGUUUUCUGGAUAUUUACUUAUAGACAAGUUCCAGAAACCAAGAACAAAACUUUCGAGGAGAUUUCAGCCAUUUUCAGACAUGGCGGAGACAGGAGGGGAAUGCGGAACAGUAGUUUGUACGGCCUUGCCGGCGCCUCCGAGUCCCUCCCCGAGUCACCCAUGGGGCCGCGGCGCGUGUCCACGGCCUCGGACUGCGCCGCCGAGGUCCCCGCCACCUACGGGACUACCACCACUACCGUCACCGAGUCCGAUGAGGCGGACUGCGUCGGAGCCAUGGGAGCGAUGGGCGUAUCCGAGCUGACUCCGUCAACACCGCCGCCCUCACCGUCCCAGUCCCCGAGCGCCUCGCCGAUGACGUCCGCACCGCCGUCCCCGGCGCCCUCCGGGGAGCCCAUGUCGCCGCCGUACAUCCCCGGCGGGUGCGCGUGGCGCCCGCCGUCCAGCUGUGCGGGCGACCGCUGCGUGUCGCCGCCCCGCUUCGCCGUCUAGCGGCCGUCUAGCGGCGCUCUUUGAAUGGGUCCGCGCUCCGCCCGGCCGCGCCGCGUCUGUCUCGGCCGAGCCUCGUGCCCAGCGCCCUGGGCAUGCCGAGUGUGGUGCAACUGUCUUGUUUGAUACGCUUUAUAUUUGUGAGCGGCUCCCCUGGACUUGAGGGGACGCUUUGCGAUGCGGCGGGAACUUGCUACUUCUCAGGAACAAUUGGUCGCCGCCGCUCAAAUUUUGUGAUACUUCCUGGCCGGAGGAGGAGGCCCUUUUCUCCGGGACCCAUAAGCCAGUAGCAACCCAGGCUGCCAUACAACUUUACUAUUAUAAUGUUCUAAGUUUGGUUGAAGCUGAAUGUUGACCUCAUGGACUCCUAGCCUUAUGCGGUUAACAGUUUGACGGAUGCUAAAAAAGUGCCAAAAGAUACCUAGAGCUUCGUGGAGGAAGACAAGGUGCAACAUACUGUCGGCUUCGCGCUGACACACCUCCAAUCAAAAUAUUGUUAUAGUGUUAAGAAGAUGGACCACAGGUGCACGUUGCUUUUCGAGCACCACGUCUAUCAUCUGUUUGCAUCAGUAUGUAUGAUAUACAUUUUACAUAGGGUAUACAUAUUUAUCUGUUAAAGAAAUGGUGGUUGUGAUGAAUAUUCUCUACCAGAGUUUGUCUCUAUUGCUAAGUGUGUUAUUAUAAAUCAUUAUAUACUAUUAAUAAUUUUUUUUAAACGUUACAUUUACAUUUUGUGAUAUUAUUCGAUGCCGUUGAACAACGUCAACAAUUCCUCUGUUCUUUUUUAUUGCAUGACAGCAAACUCUUGUACUUCAUGAAAAGUUUAUUGUAGACUGACUUGAAUGGUAAAGUAACGGAAGCGUAUCACUAAAGUGAUUCUCUCGGCAAAAAAAAUCUCUACCCCAGUAACUUCCUUCAGAUUCAUAUUAUGUCAACUAUAAACAAUUUAUUCAUCAGUUUAAAAUUUAAGAUAACAUAUUCUAAAGAUUUGGAAGGAAACAAGCCCCAUUUAAAACUAUGUGUACAAUAUACAUGUAAACUAGCUGUGACAAAAAGGUGUAGUGCCUGACUCACGUAGCAUCACAUUUAUCUGUGAAUUGCUCACCUAUCCUGUUUCCUGUACGGGGAGCAAGAUUUGCACAUAGCUUAACUUUGCUCUUGUGCUGACCCUCCUGUUUGGUCAGCAGGUUCUGUGCAGCUGCUCUGUCCUUUCCUGACCUAAGUGUAACUGAUUUGUUUGUUUCCUGAUUUCCUGCUCCGACAUGUUUUCAUGCCAAUUCUGUGAAGCCAACUUCUCAAUUUCAUUUGGUAACUUGCCGUUUAAAAUUGCAUUCCACUUCGUAAAUUACGAGCAUUAUUUUACGCACCUUCAAUGCUACAAUUAUUCUUUCGGAAUGAACAGAAUUUUCACAAUACCAAUUAAAAUGUAGGUUUAUUGUUUGACUCGUGGCACAAAUAGCUAUGUAGUUUCAAUAAUACUCGUUGUGUAAAUACAUCGCAAUUUAUUCAUAUUACCAACACUGCCAGGACGUAUUCACACGGGUCUCAAAAGAAAGGGAGAUGUGAUUCGCGGGAUUAUUUCACCAGCACUUGUUAAAGGCUCUCUUCCUUUGGCGACGAGCUGAUCUGUUGUUAUGUCCUUAAUAAUUUAAGUGGAUGUAGACGAAGUCCAGGUGUCAAAACCAAAGCGUUACAAGCGUACAUAUUCCAUAUUACUUGUCAUACCAAAAAAUGGAGAUCUGUCUUCACGGAUUGGCCAUGCGUUGCUCGACUGUGUGCAACUAGAUAACGAAACUUGUAGGUCCCAAUCCCACAAAGAAUUUUUCACUGAUUUGAAAAAGUCUUUGGAAACUGACAUCAAACAUAUUUUAGUUAAAUGCUUGCCUAAAUUUCUAUAAUGUAAUUUGAAGCUCUGUAAGUGACAAGGAAUAUACACUUCGAUUAUUAGAGGCGAUCCUCCUUGUACUUGCCACAAAAAUUAACAGGUGCCUUACUACUUGUUUAAUUUUAAAGCUUGCGUGCUAUUUUGGAGCCGUCAAAUUAUAUUUUCCCGCCAUUUCGUUGACUGAUGAGAAUAUUCGCUGAAGGACGACUGACGUACGGUAAAAGCAUGCACUUUGACUGCUGUUUUUGAAGUGUAUAUUGUGAAUUCAAAACACUUUUUGCUCCUUCGUAUAGAAAGGAAAUUUAAACAGCUCAAAUUGAUCAGUGUCUCGCGUGGAGUGGAAUUAAGUGCUGUCAUUAACGAAAAAUUCAUCGAAAGUGUGAAAGGCUCAAGUAAUGCUUUAGUGAUAAACUAUUAUAAAUAUAUAAGCAGUUGGAGUGAUGACGAAUGGUUAGUGAAAAGAAACGCCAGGAUUGCAGAGAAGGGGUGCCUCCGGAACAAGACCAAUACUACAAUUUUUCAUAGUUUGGAACUGGUUUUCAUAGUGAAACUGACUAUUUCUACCGUCCCGCGACCCUUUCAUGGUUGUAACAUUCACUCAGCCUUGCCGUUUUGUUUUUCCUUGAAAACGUGUUGCACAAGUCACAUUUCAACAGCCUCCAGUAUGUUGCAGUUUGCUAAUUUACAGAUAUUUAUUUCAUGUACACGUUAUCAAUGAACCAGAAAAUAUUUUAUCUGACACAAUAUUCUAAAUAUAUUGUUAAUUAACUUGAAACCGUGUAUGGAAGUCAUCGAGAGAUGUAAGAAACUACUGUGUUCUUAAACUUUACUGUAUGCAGAAGUAUCGUCUGUUUUCGACGUGCUGUAAGAAACUUAUGUUAUACUUACUGUAAAUAUUGUUAAAUAAUUGAAAAUUGUAUUUCUGACAAUGUUCAAUAUGUUGUAUUUGUCACGGUUUUUCUAAGCAGGAAAAUAAGCAUCUGUGUAAGUAAAUAGCUGUUAAUUCAUUACCUAGUGAUAGUUGAAGAGAACAUGUAGAUAUCUUGAAAAGUACAGGCAUCGUUCGAAAGCCAGCCCUAUUUUGUUGUUUUGUUACUCUAUCGUUUAAUUUGUCUAUCAUGUUAUUUAACACUAACGGCGUACGCUGCUGUCCCCAAGCUGGAGUUAGUCAACCGUUGUUUGCGGAAAGUCCACCUGAAAACAAAAAUCAUUGGGUUAUUAUUCAUUUAUGAAAGACAUUCGGGAAGAGAGAGACCCAUCGAGCAAUUGAAUGAGCGAUUAACGUGCAUAUGAUUACUGACUGACGUAUUUUCAGCUACAAUCCAUGGCUGUCGCUCACUGCAACCUAGUAAACUGUGUAGCGGGUUGUACGGCGGCAGCUAUCGCUUGUGCUGCAGUGGGUUGUGUGUCAAUUUGGUUAUGGUGAGGCGUAUAAGAGCGCCAUCGAGUUUACCAAUGCAAUAAAUUCUAUCUCUAUACGAG